AUGACUGAAAGUUUGCUCACCGUAGUCAACACGCUAGACACGUACUUUACGGUCAUGUCAGCUGAACUGGAACAAAUUAAUCUUGAUAUUGACCUGAUACAUACGUUUAUUAAGAGAUACGGAAAUCGAUAUUGGGAGGCUUCGCUGCAAAAGCUCAAUAGAAUCAAAAAGCAAAAAGAGAAUAUACUCCGAGAUGUCAAGUUACAGAUCGAACUUUUCAAUAUCCACGUUGAAUCGGGUCGAGAGUUAUGUAAUCGUUUGGAGAGAAUAAACCCAAUCAUUGUUCGUCCAAAGGAUGAGGACCUUAUGGACGAUCAACUCAAACAAGCAAGCGGAAAGAACAUGUCGGAUGCUGCCAGAAAGGUCGAUUUUCAGCCACAACGAAAAUUCCUUCGGGAUGGAUCCGUGCUCAUCAAUGACAAUGUCAGGGAGAUUGGAAUUGCGUCGAGUAUUUUGGCCUAUUCCAACAGUAUUGAUGUGAGUAGUGGCGAUGAGGAUGUUGGACCAAAACGAAGAGUAAAUGUACCACUUGCAUCUGUCAUCACACCAUCCACUCAGAGAAGUGUCAACAACAACAAGUCGUCCUUGUCAUCGAAUGGAGGUGCUCUUGGUGCCAGUGUGUUGAAUACUCCAAUGAGUUUGAACAAUAUAUCCCCAGCAGAAAUUCCAUCAUCAUCGACGGCAACUGCUGUACAUACAUCAGGAACAGGUACGACCUUUCAUGGCAAGACAAAGAAGAAAAAGAAGAAAGCACAACAACCUCCAGCACAAACAUCGAAGAAAUUAAGUGAAGGAGAGCAGGUGUUACGAAAGGAUACCAUCCUCACAGAUACUUCAUCAUCAACAGACGAAGAAGAUACCUUUGACAUGGAUUGA